GCCGCCGCCGGCCGGCCGGGCAUGGUGUUGGGCGCCGGGCCCGCCUCGCCUGUCUCGAGGUGCCCAGGGCAAAGGCAGCAGUGAUGCUGACGCUGGCGAGCAAACUGAAGCGGGAUGACGGUCUCAAAGGGUCCCGGGCAUCAGCCACGGCCUCCGACUCCACCCGGAGGGUGUCUGUGAGAGACAGGCUGCUCGUUAAAGAGGUUGCAGAACUUGAAGCCAACUUACCUUGUACAUGUAAAGUGCAUUUUCCUGACCCAAACAAGCUUCAUCGCUUUCAGCUAACUGUAACCCCAGCCUCCCAAAGUGAGAUGCUUGACCAGGAUGUGGCACCCCAACAUCACAGAGACGGGCGAGAUAUGUCUGAGUUUACUGAGAGAACAUUCGAUCGACGGCACUGGCUGGGCUCCCACGAGGACACUGAAGGAUCUUCUGAACUUCGACGACCCGCUGAAUCUCGAGGCAGCAGAGCACCACCUGCGGGACAAGGAGGACUUCCGAAGCAAAGUGGAAGACUACAUCAAGCGGUAUGCCAGAUGAUAGGAGGGGAGGCUCCGGCGCGGGGCCCACGCAGUCCUCGCGCCCCCACCCCCGGCUCUGCUGGCCCUGUGACGCGUCCUCGGAGGAGCCUCUGCGCCUGCCCAUUGUAGACGGGAGUCCCACAUAAAUACAGCGAGAAAUGUGUUUGGGCCUAAAGAGUUGUCUGCUUACCUUAACAUGUUUACUUUGUGAACCUGUACUGUAUAGGCUGCGGAGAUGCUUGAGAGGUGGUCAUGAACUCCGAACCGAGCUUGCUUCUUCCCCUCCCCCAACUCACUUCCCUGCACCGCAAAGCCCGUGUCUCGGGGGGCUGGCAGUGGGCGCCCAGGGCCUGCUACAACCUGAUUGGAUGCGCUGUCUCUUAGCUCCUCCCUCGAACCGCGGCCCGCCUGUCCCGAGGCUUCCCAGAAUGCAGUCAUUCACUGUAGAUCUCUUACUGAAAUGCGUAUUUUAUUUAAUGUAAGUAUAUUUUGGAACAGAUUUGUAAUUUGUACAAUUUAAUGCUUUAAUUAUUUUUUUCUAUUCUUCUUUAGUUUGUAUUUUCAUUGUAUAGAGCAGACAGAAAGAUGUUGGGUCAAGCAAUUAUUGAAGAGAAAUACAAAGAAAAUAUGAAAGACACACUAAUCCUUCUGUCCCAAUGCAAUGAGAAUUUGGCUUUUAAAAUCCAGCUCUUGCUUCAGGUCUGGUUGGGGCAAAGAAGUUUGAGGACCUUUCAGGCUAGAUUCGGGUGGUUUGAAGGAACAGAAGGCAGAGCCCUUGGCCAUGCUUGGCCCGGAGGAGCUGGCUGGGGCCCGGGGGGUGGGGCGGUGUUUCUGUGCGGGUCCUGUGCUGGGGCUCAGUGUGCAAGGGCUGUGGCUGUUCAUCAGGGACCCAGACCCUGGAGCCCGAGGGACAGGAGACCCGCGGGGCCAAACAGUGCCUGAUGCCCGCGAGACUGCGCCUGUGGCCUCCGAAUCUGCUGUGGUUCCCGCCCGCGUGGGGGUGGCGUCCUGUCCGAGGGGGCAGGAGUCGGAGCAGCUUAGGGCUGUGCUCCCUCGGGACUGCACACAGGAGACCCCUGGACCCGGGACGUCAAAUACAAAUAAAUGUCUGUCUGUU